CUUUUUUUCACUACUCUCACAGGCAUUCAAUUUGGCCAGUCAAGCAUCCCUUUCAGAGAGCCCAGAGGUCUUCAGGCCAUGAAUCUACAUUCAUUCUUGAAAGUCGCUUCACUGCUUGAUACUUCCAGCUUCCGACGACCACCUAAAACUGACUAUUCCUCACUUCGAAUUCUUCCCGUGUUAUAGCUCACGCGUCAUCCUUUCUCCGCCGAUGCAGUUCUCGUCUUCUAUGAGCCGCAGCGUCAUCGCUGCUGUGGGACGACUUUGCACCACAUGAGUCGGCAAGUACCAACGGAAAACCCCGGAUUUGAAGAACGGAGAGGCGUCAUUUGGAUUCUCGCAAGCCGUAGUAACGGGCCGAUGACGUCCUCGCAUCCGGCCAUCGAAGGGCGCACAAGGAUAUGAGUCAGCGAGAUGGCCAUAAUCGCGCCCCCACUUUCCACGACUCCCUCAUGCCCACUCUCCAAUCAGGCAAAGUCCUCGUCUCUGGCGCCAAUGGAUACAUCGCAGUGUGGGUGGUGCGCUUCUUCCUCGAAGAGGGCUAUUCCGUGCGCGGGACGGUGCGUUCAGCGGACAAAGGCACGCAUCUUGUCGAGCUCUUCAAGUCAUACGGCGACAAGCUCGAGGUGGUUGUCGUGCCGGAUAUCACGGCGGACGGCGCGUUUGACGAGGCCGUUAAAGGCGUCGAUGCGAUCGCGCACACUGCUUCCCCGUUCCAUUUCCAGGUCCACGAACCAUCGGAGCUCAUCGGGCCCGCUGUCAAUGGCACUUUGGGGAUACUGAAGAGCGCCUUGAAAUGCGGCGAGAACGUCCGCCGCGUAGUGGUGACUGCUUCGACUGCCACGGUCCUCACGGCCAACCUGCCGACGCAGACGGUAUUCAGUGAGAAGGACUGGAACGAACGGGCAAUAGAGCAGGUAGAGAAGUUGGGUGUCGAAGCCAGUGCUGGUGACAAGUACUGUGCCAGCAAGACUCUCGCUGAGCGUGCUGCCUGGAACUUCAUGAAGGAGCACCCGGAGGCCAAGUUCGACCUCACGGUGCUCAAUCCCCCGCUUGUCUUGGGUCCUGAUAUCCAGGGUGUCUCGUCUCCAUCCGAGCUCAACACAUCCUCGAAGGCGAUGUACCGCGGCCUCACCGACCCCGCAGCACUUGUCGACGGCGCUCCGUUCAUCGACGUGCGCGACAUUGCGCUGGCCCAUGUUCGCGCGGUGCAGCGAGAAGAGGCUGGCGGGGAAAGGAUCAUUGUCGUCGCGGACAAGCCCUACACGUGGCAAGACUGCCUCGAUGCACUGCCGGCGGCGGCCGUGGCUUCUGGAAAGUACCAGAAGGGACAGCCCGGGACCGGCAAAGACGUCCCCCAGAACAUAUUGUACGACAACUCGAAGGGGAAACGGAUCCUCGGCAUCAAGUACCACUCGCUGGAGGAGAUGACCGCUGCCACGGUAGAGCAACAGACAGUGUUCACUGCCUCAGAGAAUAGAACCACUGAUGAAUAUCCUUUCAGUGGUGAGCAGAGCCGUGAGUUGUUUUAUGCCCGGUACGGAUCCGCAAAGUGUCCGCAUUUCGAUUGCUCGCGCCAGGGAGAUCCGCGGGUGCCAACUCGAAUAACGGAUAACGAUCUAGCAUCCAUGCCAAAAGAACUGGACAGCUUGUACAGCCUUCCCGAGAUGGCUUCUGAAGUUUUGCCUUUAAAGGGGACUGACGAAGGCUGUCCGUUGACAGGCGUCCUCUCUCUUAUGUCGUCUCUCACCGAGCUCGACGAGUCAUCGGUUGUGUGGGGCAGUCGGGUGUUGAUUUCGGCAGCAGUGGUCUUCUUCAACGACUUCCUGUUGACGCUGCCGCAAGAAGUGCGGUUCUACAGAGAGCGCAGCAAUCGGCGCGUAGGCGGGACGGUCUUUUUCAUCCUGCUGCGAUACAUUCCUGUGCUGUAUCACCUGGCGGUGAUAAUACCGAUAUGCCGUGAUGUUUGGACCGUGCAGGUGUGUCGCGUCUGCUUCUUGCGCCUGGAGAUAGUUCUGAAUUUGACAAAGACGUGUGCGAUCUGGGAUUCAAUCAGCCUUGGCUUCGAUUCCGCCUUCCAGAUGAUUUAUGUUUGUAUCGUCUCUUGGAGAAUUUUUAUCCUCACUGGCAGACCGAUUGGAGCGCUCGCCCUCGCCAUGGGUCUCUUGCCUUCGAUCAUCAACGUGGCUCUCCCAAACCCGUCGGCGUUCCCUCAGUGCCGGGCAAUAAACCCCUCUGAUACGUCGAGAAUCAUCCUGUUUGUACCUUGCUUACGGGCGACAUUCGACGCUUUCACGACGAUCGUGUUGCUCUUCACCUUCUGGAAGCACUCGCGUGCGAUUCGGGGCUUGCGGGGCUUGAGCACUGGAGGGCUCGUCGGGUACAUGAUGGAAGAAGGCGAGUGCCCCACCGUUAGCCCGAACACGAUCCCUUCGGCGCGCAAUCACGCGAGGAACUUCAUCACGCCAUACGUUGAUGCACUGACACCUCUGCUGGCGACGCGUUUCAUCCUUGAGCUGGCCGAGCGCGGCCAGGAGCCCGCAGACACGAGGAUGAGUAUUGUGUCCCGCACGUACUUUGAACGUUACGGCUCCGAGAGAAACACAAAGGGAUUGCAUCCGGCGGAUGGAGAGGAGGACUCGGGCAAGGACUUUGGAGUGGCGACUAUACGACCGGGGGAUAGCGCAGUCCAUUUGCCGGAUGUAUCGUCGUAUCGGGGAUCCGAGCUGUCGCGCUCGACCACCAUACAAAGUGGAGUGGCCUAGAACGCUGGCGAAGUUAUUAAUAGUAUUUCCCCACUAUCUCUUUUACUCGUCUCGCUCUUGUGGUUACUGCCCUGGUAGUCGGCGCCAACGCUGCUGCAGUCGAGAACCGCAUGGGGAAAUGUGUCUGGAACGAGGUUGAACAGGCCUGGAUUUGCUAGACAGUCAGGAUAUUCCCAAGUCGAAGUCGAUUCUUCACCGCAGUCCACGGUCAUACAAUAAUUGUACUUCUGCUGUCAUCAAUUUUGCGAUGCCGUCUCUGCCCACUCGUCUGUCGUGUACUCCGUGUCCAUCGUAUAUGCUGCAUGACGGGGACCCAACGUCGAGAUGACAGGCAAGUCGGUUUCCCUUGCCCCCGACGAGGAUCGGGUGGCGAGCGAAUGGCGGCCUGGCCAGCGCUGGGACUGAUCCCGUCGACGGCCGGAUUCGUGCAGAUUGAACAUCAGUCGGGAGAUCAUCACGGGAGCCAUAGCCCUAGGAUUUAGUCAAAUCCGUUUGGCUGUAGCCAUAGAAAUUGCAUUCAAAUCUAUGGCUGUAGCCAUAGGGCGUGGCGGUGCUGAUGUGAACAACGAUCAUUAUGAUCGACAACCUGUGAUUGUGAUUGACACCCAACAGCUAGGCGGUGGUCACUGGUUUCAGUGAGGAUUGAACGGCUGACCUUCUAAAAAUGUAUGGUAAACCAACACAUUAUCAUACUGAGCUAAACCACUGUUAAACAAGUUGCAAUUUCCCUCAACUUAGGGUAACCCGCAAGCGGCUUACCCUAAGUGGAGAGAAAGCUUUAUCCUAGUACUGGUUA